ACCCCAGUUAACAGGAACCAUGCUCUAACGGACAAGCAAACAAGUUUCAUAACUCAGGGGAAACUCUACGCUUAAACAUGGACUCUCCGAAAAUAGUAUACAAAUAUUAUUCAAAUCCCGCUUUUUGUUCACAAAGUGAAGUUGUAUUUGCACAGAAAUCAUGUAUGAAGAGAAUUAUAUCGCCAGAGAGACAGAGAGUACCACCUUUGGGAGCCAAUUCGCCACGGACGACUGAACUAAGCAACAGAAUUUUAAGAACAGAUAUAUCAGACAAUCCUUUAAGAAUGUCGCCAGCUGGAAGGCACAAAGAUGAACCGCCAGAAUUGCCGCCAAAACCACCAAAGUUCCAAACCAGGACUUUUCAAAGACAAUCUUCUUUAAUGUGCAAGCCAACACGUACCAUUAUUCGCUGUAGAACUAGAAGUGAAGAUCUUGAAAUGGCGCAAUUCAGGCAAAAACAACAAUCCAAGUACGAUAGAAACGCAGAAAGCGACGACGGGUUAGAAGAUUCUAGAACAAAGCAUCGAUACGAAGUAAUACGGGAUUAUGAUGAUACAGUCGACUAUUCCCCAACAAAGAAAAGGAUAGUGGAAGCAGAUGAAAGCGAAGUAGAAGAAUACAAUGUAGACGCACCAGACGACCACGAAUUGAAAGAAAUACCGACUGAAAUAGUUAAAACUGUCAACGGCAAGACACUAAGAUACGCUAUAGUCCCUUCAGACGACGAAGAACGAAACACACGAGUGACCUUCACAUCCCCAAUGAUGUCGCAAAAGCAUUUGAUAGCUACGCAAAAGCUACACGAGCUAUUAUCUACGCCUAGAAAACUAAAGAGCUACGCUAGCCAGCCAUCUGUGCGAAUGACGCCUAAUAAAUCCGAAAGUCCCAGAUAUCCUGAAACGCCAAUAAAAAUGACAUCUAGCACGCCUACACGUAGUGUGACUCCAUCUAAAUCCUGUGCAAACCUUUUAACGCGCAGUGCUACAUCCCCCAUCUCACCAAAAGCACAACAGAAGUUAAACUAUGGGUUACCAGAGUUUGAGAGGCAGGACGUGUUUGUUACCAGCUUUAGAGAUAAAAAGGAAAGGAGCUUUGAUAUGGAUAGACGGGAGGCGAGUAGAGAGAGUAGGAGAGUAACUCCGAAACGGGAUAAGACUACAGCUGUUAUAAUGCCUAGAGUAGCAACCCAAUCUCCAUCAGUAUACUCCGAAGAGACCUACAAAUCCUUCUCAAGCCUAAAAUCCGUGAGUGCUGCAACCGCUUCGCUGACCAUUGCUGCUCUGAUGCUGACGCUGUGCGGUGGACUGACUACUGGACUGAGCUUCUAUAUGAUGUAUAGCAUUGGCCGUCGAUAUUAUCUCGACUUCGGUGUGCUCUCCGGCUUCACUUGCUUUUUAUUGGGACUACUCGGUCUUCGAUCGAGAAGAAAUCAGUUAUUGCCCAAUAGAAAUUAUAUUUCCGGUUACAUCGUGCUUUCAACGUUUUCAUUACUGAGUGCGUUCGGCUUGCUGAUUCUACUUUCCAUACAGCCCCUGCCUGGUACAGCGCUCAAUGACAUUACUUCGGGAGCUGUGUGCAGCAUUAGUGUUUUAUCUUUAUGCUUGGCUACUGUGGGAAUAUUAGCGUCAUAUUGUUGUGCUAGAGAUCCACCAGAUAAUAGAGUAGGUGUAGGAACGGCGAGAUGGUACUGAAAUAUGAAAUUUCGCGGCAAAUUUAUGAGUGUGGACACAGCUUUACAAAUACAAAAAAAAUAAUUAUUCCAGAUGAUGAUGAAGGGGAAAUAAAUUGUUUUAUAAUUAUAAUCUUUUCAUUACUUUAAAACGACAAUAAUAUACUUAGUAUGGCAUAACAUAGAUAAAAUAUGGAAAUAAUUUAUAAUAAUUAAAUAUAGACAGUAUUGUAACAUUGGGUAGCAUGUUUGAGCUGUACAGCAUUAUUUAAAAAUAUUUCAUUGUAUUAAGUAAUACUUACAUUUUAUAAUCUUAGACCAAAAAAUUAUUUGUUAUACCAAAAACUGUAAUAAUAUAUUGUGUACCUACUUAGUUACUACUAAUUAUAAGUUACAAGUUAGAUAUUUUGUGGAUUUUAUUAUAAUAUAGGUACUUUACUUAGGUAAGAAAAAAAAGUUAAGGUACUUGUUUGUGUAGUUAAAUUACGAUUAAGGGCUGAUUUUUCAAUCUUUGGUUCAAACUUAUUCGUCGAAUACCUAACGUAUUAAAUAAACUACCAUUUCAAAAAUAUUUUCUUCUUGCCUUUAUUUGACAGUUUACCUAAAUAAUAGGUGACAUUUUAACAUUAUCGUGUAAUAAUUUAUUGGACGGGUAAGUUUUAACUAAGGAUAGAAAAAUUGGGCCUUAGUCAACAAUUAUUUAUUUAUGUCGAAUUACUGUUGAAAUUGGAACAUUUUGCAAGUAAAUGCAAAAUAAUAUUGAUACCUGUCUGCUAAGAUUAAUUAAUAAGUUUAAUCUCACGUCUGUAUUCAAUGAUCAAUCACUGUAAAUGUUUUAUUAAGUAAUUAUGUAGAUGUAAGUAUUUCUAUGUCGAAAUAAAUGAAAAAAAUUCCUACUGUAGCGGUCGUAUAGUAUAGUCGUAUAUACAGUAUACUUAUUCACUUUAUUUAUGGAAUUGUUAAUAAAAGUUUAUACCUACAAUUA